AUGCCUAGAAAUAUGCUUGGAGAUUUUAAUACAUGUAUGGGAAAUACGAUGGGAGCGCGGAAAUAUUGGUUGGAUUGGUGGCUAGUCGAGGAGAGGUUUUCGAGGGGGUGGAAGGGGCAGAUAAUGCGCCGUUGGUGGAUGUGGGUGGAAGGAAGGGUCAUGAUGUUAUGGCUUUUAAGGAGAAGUUUGAGGGAAGGGGGGAUGGGGAGAUUGGUUUUGCUAGAUCAACCGCAUGUUUUGGAGGAGAUUGGCGAAGGUGAAUUAGGCAAAGGGGUACAGAAAUGCGGAUAUGAUUUUUUUACAGAGCAGCCUGUUAAGAACUCUAGAAUUUAUUUCUAUCACCACAUUCUCCACGACUGGUCCGACUACAAAUGUCUCGAAAUCCUCCGCGUUCUUAAGAGUGCAAUGAAACCAAACUACUCAAAACUCAUUAUCCAUGAGAUGAUCGUACCGGAAUCAGGGGCGUCAACAUAUCACGCGCUUUUGGAUUUGACAAUGAUGGCUUUUAAUGGGGGGAUCGAGAGGACGGGGAAAGAAUGGAGAGAAUUGCUUGUAAAAUCUGGGUUUGAAGUCAUGGGGACUUGGGUUCCGGAGGUGAGCUGAAGGUUUCUGUAAUGCUUUGUGUUGAGGGUGUAAUGGGUGGGAAUUUUGUUUUAUUCGGGAAAUUCUUUCAAGGUCUUUCUUUUCUUUUUUUCAUGAGUGAGUUACUGACAAUGUCAAUGGGACAAGAUGAGCCGGAUGCGGAUGGAAUCAUAGAAGCUAUUGUUAGAGAGUAGUUUCAUUCACGUGUUAUAUAGUAUAUAAAUUAUUGUAUAAAUUUCGACUAGAACUAGAUAUUGUUGUCAAUUCAUGUCUGUUGAU